AUGCUCCACCUUGGGGAUAAGUACAAUCAGGUCUCAUUCAAAGCCGAAUCGCAAAUAAGUUUCAUGGUUUCCCCUUUUGCACUAAGAAAACUUAUUCUGGGAAUUACGCAGCCUUCUGGAGAAAUUGUUGCCGUGGCCGUCCAGAGCGGCCCGAAAUCAGUGGCGGCCGUGACUGAGAGAAGCGGGCAGCGACGGGGUGGGGAGAUGCGAGAUGAGAUGAGGGACAGGGAGAAAUGUGACGGGGGUGGCGAGGGGGAUGCUCACAAACCACCGCUAGAGGAUCUGUUUGGAAAGGCAAACGAAUUAUUGGAGUGCAGAAUAUCAUCGGAGGACAUUGGAGUAGAUAACAUUCACGUAUGCGAAGAAUUUCCAAACCCUAAUUCUGAUUCAAGUUCUGUAACUUUAAACUGGUUUGGGAUUCGAGAAGGGGUUACCCUGAGCUCGAGAGAGAACAACGCUGUUGGUGGCACGACGUUCGAGGGGGGCUACUGUAACAGCAGGGGCAAAUCGGAACGGACGACGUUUGGAUCAGCAGGACUGGGGAAAACCUUCUCAAUUUUGAUUUGGGCCUGA